AUGAGCAGCCUCAUAAACUCCGUCGUCGCGACUUCCUCCUCUUACCUUAAGCCUCCUCUCUGCACGCUUGCUGAGAAGGCCGCCACAAGCUUGCUACGCGAUAUCUCGAAUGGCACAUUCAUAAUCCAUACGCCUGGUCAUACCUACACGUUCGGAGAGCAAAGGAAGAAGGAACGCCUCUUCCACCACCACCAUGGAUCUAGCAGUUCCCAAGCGCCGCACGCGGAACUGACAGUGCUCAACCCGAACUUCUGGCUGCGCCUGUGCGCAAUGGGGGACUUGGGCUUCUCAGAAGCUUACAUGUACGGCGAGAUUGACUGCGAAGACCUCGUACAAGUGUUUCUGGUCUUCCUAGCGAACCGAGCACAGCUCUCCGCAAUAGACAACUCGUUCUUUACUCGCAUCGUGGGGAACUUGCCCGAGUUGGGCCUAACCGCCCGUAUCGUCAACACCGUGACGAACGCGAGGAAGAAUAUCAGUGCGCACUAUGAUAUAAGCAAUGGCAUGUUCAUGGGGUUCUUAUCCAGAGAUAUGACGUAUUCCUGCGCCAUCUUUCCGGAGCUGGACAGCGACCUGCGCGACCCGCCAAGCUCCCAUAGUCUUUCCCCAGAAGAGGGCCAGACGCCUUCCCUUACCGGCGCGUCAACCCCCGCGACGCUCGCGGAGUCAGAGCAUGGCGAACUGCUCAAAGAUCUCUCAUUGAACGUGUACAAUCUGUUCGCUCACCAUGGCGAGAUCCGACAUGCACAUGACACCGAGUCACACGACCCUCUCGAGGCUGCUCAACUGCGGAAGCUGCAACACAUAAUUCGCAAGGCGGACAUUCGUCCAGGCCACAAAGUACUGGAAAUUGGUUCGGGCUGGGGAUCGAUGUCCUUGCUCAUCACUUCGACAAUCCCGGGCACAACGGUGGACACGCUUACGCUCUCGACGCAACAGGCGGAGCUCGCACGAGCUCGGGCUGCUGCUGCUGGGCUCUCCGACCGUAUCCGGGUACAUCUGAUGGACUACAGAAACAUGCCCUCGGAAUGGGAGGGUGCUUUCGACCGUCUUGUGAGUAUCGAGAUGGUUGAAGCUGUCGGGAAGGAGUACAUGGAGACAUACUGGUCCAAGAUCGACUGGGCGCUGAACAAGGAGACUGGCGUAGGUGUGGUGCAAGGGAUCACCAUCCCUGAAGCGAGAUUCGAACAGUACAUGCGUGAAGUAGACUUCAUCCGGAAAUGGGUCAUUUUCCCCGGAGGCUUCCUACCCACCCUCACCUUCCUCGUCGACACCCUCACCAAAGGAUCACAAGGAAGACUGGUAAUCGACUCGGUAUCUAACAUCGGUCCGCACUACUCCCGCACGCUUCGUGAGUGGCGCAGACGAUUCCAGGCGCGAUUUGAAGACACCAUUGUCCCAGCCCUGAAAGCUGAGUAUCCAGGUGUGAUGGACACGGACGACGUAUCGGCACGGGCAGAAAUCGAAGUGUUCAGGCGGAAGUGGAUUUACUACUAUUGCUACUGCGAGGUAGGCUUCACGACCCGACGCCUUGGUGACCACAUCAUUACGUUCAGUCGAGAAGGCAACCUCGAGUAUGGCUGCCAGGUUGACGAGUAG